AUGGAUCCUGAAAUACAGAAAAUGAGGGAAGUUGUCCUUGUCUACCUUGACAGAAGUGGUGGCCUUCAGAAAUUUGUGCAUGAUUGUAAAAAAUAUAAUGACUCAAAACAAAGUUAUGCUGUUUAUCGUUUCAUUAUUUCAAUUAAUCCAUCUGACAUUGCUGAAUUGGAUGCAACUCUUGGAAACUAUAUUCUUCAUAAUCCCCUACAAGCUGCACAGAUUUUUCAGUCAGUAUGCUUCGUAGCUAUUAAGACACUGUCAUUAAUUGAACAAUUGCAGACAGAAGCCCAGAUCAGUAUAUUGCUGAAACCAACACAUUUGCCACCUUUACCGAGUUAUGUUCUGAGUCUUUCUGCAUAUCCCUUUAAUUACACAUCUCAAAGAUUUUAUAUGUCUGAAGGGAUAGUGAUUGCAAUGGGAACUGUAACAAAAUACACACAAGGAGCAAGAUUUCUUUGUACUGAGGAAACCUGUCCAUUCUCUGAAGGGUUUAGGUGCAUCAGAGUGCAUUGUCCUGGAGCUACAGAGUCUGCUACAGUGAGGACUGAUUUUGUGUGUAGCUUGUGUUCUUCACCAUUGCAGGAAGACAUGAAAUUUAGAGUACUUGGUGAUAAACAAGUAGUUGAAAUGAUUGAUGCUAAAAUUCUGAAUGCUUUGAAAGGAUAUUCCAUUGAUAAAUCACAUUUUAGGAUUCAGGCAUUUACAUUGUUCUUGAGAGAUGAACUGGUCAAUAAAAUGACAAUAGGAAACCACUACAGGAUUAUAGGAAUUCCAGCUUGUGUACAAAAUGGCCUACAAAUGACUGCAUGUAUAGAAGUCAAUAGUGUACAGCUCUAUAAACCAAAUGGUCCUUCUUUUGUCAGUGAGAAUUUUAAGUAUCUGCUCUCACUGACUUCAAAUUCAUGCUGGAGGUUUACUGCUGUCCUGGCCAACAUCUUUGCUUCUCAAGUUGUUCCACCAGGCACUUACAAUACUCUUAAACUUGCAAUAUUGCUGAGUCUAGUACAGACAUGUGAAAAAGAAAAUACAGAUUAUCUGGAUCUCUUGAUUAUGACAAGUGACCCACUAGUAAUUGACAGGCUUCUGAAUUACAGCUUAUGUCUUCUGCCCCGUGGCAUACGACACCCACCUUCCAGUGACAUUUUCCCUUCUGUGUCCAAAGAUAAAUAUGGAACUGGAAGUGCCAGUAUUCAAGCCUGCAGCACUGUGCUGGCCAAGGGUGGCAUCUGUUACAUCGGAGACUUAAGUUCAUAUAAAAAGGAUAAACUUGAACUUCUACAGUCUGUGCUAGAGAGCAGAACAACAACAGUAUUUAUUCCUGGGAAGAAGUAUGGAGAAGAGGCUGACCAACAAGUCACUGUUUCAGUUCAGACCAACUUUUGGUCCUUUGUAGAUGUGGACUCUUCCUCAAAGAAACAUAUACAAAAGGAGAACUUUCUAAUAGGACAGAUGGAUGUGAGUUUGAUUCCAGUUAACCUUGUAGAUGGUUUUGGGCUCUUGAUCUACAAUGAGUUUCCUUCCUGUCGCCUGUCUUCUCCUGUUGUACAUCACACCUUGAAAAAAGCCAUUAAUCCUGAAGCUAUGCUGUACAAAGUUUCACAGCAGUUCAGAACACAGGACUACGAGGAGUUUAUUUUGUUUGCUAGGAAUCUUCAAGUUGAACUGAGUUCAGAAGCAGAAAGUCUCAUUCAGGGCUAUUAUCUUGCAAGUCGCAGGGUGAGAACAGAUUCCAUUCAUGGAUCAACAUUAUCAGCCUCUGCUCUAAAAAUUCUGAUUUCCCUGGCUAAGGCUCAUGCCAAGCUCAGUUUAAGGCAGAGAGUACUUGAGGAAGAUGCAGUGAUUGCCAUCUUGUUACUGGAGUCAUCGCUGACCCUAAAACAUGGCACAUCUCCACUAUGUGUGGCACCAAAUCCUGUAUUUCCAUUUGAUCUCAGCGAUGAAAACUCCCUGCAACAGAGAGAUAUUUACCUCAUGCAGUGCCACCAUCAACUGCUGAAGUUUAUUUCUGCCUAUAGCCCAGGAAUUCACAUUAACACUAAUGAAGAGUAAAAACUC